CCUUGGUGACAGGCUCCAGGUAUGGGGGAAGAGGAUUGUGUGCGAGGUGUUGCGUUGCCUUGGAGACAGGACGAACAAUAUGGCGCCCUGACAGCAACACUGCUUUCCAGGAUAGUGACCGUCCAGCUAGGCGGGGAGACAUGCCAGGACCCUUCUAACGAGCUGCCAUCACUGUGACACCAUGAACAGUAAGCACUGAGUCUAAAACCGCCACUUUAUAAGACAUUUUAAAAUUAGACUUUUUUUUUUUUUUUUUUUUGUCACAAAGUCCAUAUAAAUACUGUAUUAUAAUGCAAAGUGCCAUACUAUCUUUAUUGUCAUUCUAAAAAGGAACAGGGUGUUUGUUUUUUCAUUAUUAUUAUUAUUAUGCUAUUAUUUAUAGAGCGCCGUCAAAUUCCGCAGCGCUUUACAAUGGGUGGACGAACAGACAUGUAGUUGUAACCAGACAAGUUGGACACACAGGAACAGAGGGGUUGAGGGCCCUGCUCAAUGAGCUUACAUGCUAGAGGGAGUGGGGUAAAAUGACACAAAAAGGUAAGGAUAGUAUUAGACUAGUGACAGUUGCAGAAGAGGAAUCAGUCAGGAGCUAUUAACAGUUUAAUUGAUACGCUUUUAUGAAGAAGUGGGUUUUUAACGAUUUUUUGAAGGAGUGGAGACUGGGUGAGCAUCUAACGGAGGAGGGAAGCGAGUUCCACAGGAACGGUGCAGCCCUCGAGAAAUCCUGAAGGCGAGCAUCAGAGGUGGGAGUAUGGACAGAAGAUAGACGUAAGUCUUCAGCAGAUCGUAAGGGCCUAGACGGGACAUACUUGUGUAUAAGCGAGGAUAGAUUCAUCUUGGAUAUUAUAUAUUAUUUAUUAUUAUUAUUAUUAUUAUUACAGUAUUUCAAAAAGAAUAAUUAAAACUGACAGAAAGUGGAGAAACCAGACCUACAAGGGGUUUAUUUACUAAACUGUGACUUGUGCAUGGAAAAAUAAAAACAGACUUGCCAAACUAGCUAGAUAUUAGUCUAAAAAUGACGUCAGGGUGUGUUUCUUUAAUAGUGUAUCUAUCUUUAUUGGAUUAUUAAUUUAUUAAGAUGAAUUAAAACUAGCAGAAACUAGACAAAUCAGACAUACAUGGGGGUUAUUCACUAAACAGUGACCUGUGCAUUAAGAAACAGAAUGCCAAACUAGCCCAGCUGGAAAAAUAGCUGAAUUUGACAUUUGUUUUCCAGCCCCACAAUUGUGCAUUACGGUUUUUAAUUCAGUCAUUUAGUAAAUAAAAACAACUAUUUGUCAUUAAUAUUGGUGUAUGUCUCAUUGAAAGCAUAGGCACUCCUUACCAGGUAGGUUGUAAACCUGACUCUUUGUUGCCUAAUUGAAGUCCAGUGGUAGUAAGUGCUUCCACAAAGCCAUAUUUGAUCAAUAGAAUUCUCUGAAUUGAUAAAAAUAUCUGAUGUUUUUCUGAUCAAACAAGUCCAUUUGCUGAUUAAUUCAGUCCAGACUUGUGGUGGCAUUUAUGAAACCCCAUUUUAUUUAAUUAUUCAAUAUUUGUUUUCAUGAUCUUAUUUGUAUGAAUAAAAUAUAAGUAUUGGCAGUAUUAUUGCAUAUUGGAUGUCCCCAGUGAUAUUGCGCAGUAUCACUGACUAGGCAAUUGUGAACAAUGCUGUGUGAUUUAAUUGAUCAAAUAAAAAAAAAAAAAUCACUGGAGGGAAGUAGGUAAGGCCAGUAAAUUUCUUGACUAGUGAUUGGGUAAGGGGGAGAGAGCACUGCAGUAACAUAAAGCCUAAUAUUUUUGUUUUGUCUUUGUGUAUAGCACUGUCAAUGAGAUCAAAAAGGCUCCCACACUUAUGUGUAUGUGUUUAAACUACAAUAGAUACAAAACUACGUAAUGUACCUAUGUAUGGUGACGGCAUAGAGGAAAGACCCAUGCUCUAUGUAUACAUACUGAAUGUACAAUUCGGAUGGAUCAUGAACUCCAAAAUUGCACCUUCCCAGACCACAAGAUUUACCUAAUGUAUUUUAUUAGAUGUACAAAUAUUACCCUACACACAUACACAUGACACACAAUAUACUACACUACUUUAAUGAAAUAUAAUGGGUGAUAAUAUAUUGUAUGUAAAAUAAUUGGGAUUUUUAAUUUCUUAGGAUAUAAAACAGUUUCUAAAAUCGGAGAAGGGACAUUUUCAGAAGUUUUGAAAACUCUGAGUCUAAAGGACGGGAAUUACUAUGCAUGUAAAAAAAUGAAACAGCUUUUUAAAAGGUACGUAGAUCCAUUGUUUUAUGAACAUCACAUCUUUUUCAUAUUGUUCCAUUAUUGAUAAUAUCAUGUCCUGAAAUGAUAUACUGUAUCCACCAGGGACGAGGGGAGGGGGAAGAAUAAAGGUGUAAUGUUUUCUAUAUUGUGGGGACAUUUUAUUUAAAUUGAUCUCUUUCUGCCUCAAGAAAGACCAGCAAGAAGAUCACUUGAAUAAAAAGUGUAUUUGGUGUUUUACACAAAUAGAAAAUGUUGAUCAUAACACAACCACUUUAGUGUCAUUAUUGAGACCUUCUUCCUACAGAUUCCUUUAAUGAGAACCAAUUAUGUUUCUUUAUGGACGUCUCAUUUUAUACAUGAAUGUCUUAGCCAGGUCAUAUUCAUUAUGCCUCUCAUACCCACUGAGCAAGCUUUGAUGGUUCUUUCUUGCUCAACCAAAUUUUGUCUUAUUUAUAUUAAGACAGCAUUGCAUAUACAUUAGAAAUUUUUAUAAGAAGGUCAUGUUCGAAUAUGUGUCACUUCUGCUGGUAUUUUUUCAAUGUAUUUAUUAAUGAGUUUUUUUGGUGAAAUGCCACAGAUCCAUGUCCUUUUAUGUGAUGUAUAUCUUUAGAUAAUGACUAUUUGUCCUACAAGCAGCUUUCUAAUUCCUUUAAUUACUGUGCAAUUAGCCUUGUUUUUAAUUAUUCCUGCGUACUACUGUGAGCAACUACCUAAAUAUGCUGCCCCUGUGACUCUCCAAAAUAUUAGUUUUUUAAGAUGCUUUGCUUAGUAUCCUGUUUGUAAACUAGCCCAUUAAAUACUGGAUUUGAGACUACAUGCAACCUGUUUUUUUUUUUUUUUCCUUUAAUUGGUCUGAUUUCUGCCAAAGAAAAAAAAUCACAGUACAAUCACCCAGGUUUGUAUUCCAAGCCAGAAGAUGGCACUGUUGUCCUGAAAAUCAGGUCCUUAUUUUUACCUGGCCAUUUGUUUAAUAGGCAGACUUGGGUCUUUUGUAAUCUCUGGGCCAUGUUUGACCUUGCAUGACUUUCUUCCAUUGAUAUUUGUAGAAUGAGGUCCCUCUGAAUGGUGUUGACACCACAGCAGAUAUUGAUCAAGCCUCAUUGUUUGAGAAGGUAUACAUUAGACUAGUGGUCCUUUGCAAAUGUUUGUGUGUUUUCAAGCCCAUUCUGCACCAUGCACCACCUGAAAAAAAUGUUUAUUGAUUUGCCUCUUUUUGUUUUUGUUACCUGUCGGGUGAGGUUUGCAAGGGUGGGAUAGUCAAAUGCAAUUCACUUUGCUCACAAAGAGGUUUGAUUCUUGUGGUCAAACACUGAAGUUGUAAAUGUAUAACUAAGCAAGGUUGUUCUGGCAGAAGCCUUUGAAAAUUAGAUAUGGUCAGACCUGUUCUCUCCUAUCUCUUGUUUGUGCUGUGUUGAUUGAUGUCUAUGUUGACAUUUGCACAAAGAUGCCUGGCUUUUGAUACAUAAUAUGUUAAAUGGAAUUGAUAACUGAUUUGCGCAAAUGUAUAUUUUUGUAUUUCAGCACUGAACAGGUUAAUAACCUGCGAGAAGUACAAGCUCUGAGGCGACUGAGUCCACAUCCAAAUAUUCUAAUACUACAUGAAGUUGUCUUGUAAGUAACUAUGUGCAGACAUAGAUUUAAAAAGAAAAAAAAAAAAACAGAUCAAUAGUAAAUCUAUGUCUCCCUAUAUCCUAAAAUGAAUUGCUAUGAAUUACAACUAACUUUAUAUAUAUAUAUAUAUAUAUAUAUAUAUAUAUAUAUAUAUAUAUAUAUAUAUAUAUAUAUUUUUUUUUUUUGAUUGCUUUAAUACUUUUAUAUAACUCAGAUUAAGUUAAUGGGUUAUUUUAUUUAUUUAUUUUUAAGUGUUUGAUAUUUGUGUUUUAUUUCAUGUGUAUAUGUCAGAUUGAAUGUGUGAAUUGCAUUUGUUUAUUUUCUGUUUUUACAGUGAUAGAAAAUCUGGUUGCCUUGCUCUGAUAUGUGAACUUAUGGACAUGAAUAUUUAUGAGUUAAUUAAAGGUAACAUUCUUUCACUAAUAAGCCACUAGUAGUCUGUCCCUUCCUUAUUGCACAGCUCUGAGUGCACUGUAGAAGUUGUGAGAUGUGAACACGUAAUUUGGCUGUAGGACAGCUGUCUGCAAUUCUGGCAACAUAACCACUAUAGCAGGCAGUAGGCGUUAUGGUGCUUAAAGUGCUCCUUUAUAACCCAGGAAGGAAAAGAAGGAAUUUUCCAUAGUGCAGAAUAGGAUAUGACAAGGUAGAGUUCAAAUGUAAGCAGUAUGGUUCAUUGGAUUGAAUGCAGGGUUUACAUUCACCAUUCACUGUGUAGGUGGACAUCAAACAUUGAUAACCCCAUAGUUUGGAAUUCUUGUACAUACCACUGUUAGUUUGUUUGGAGAAGCUGGUCAACAAAAGCAGAUACCGUAAAGGACAACGGAGUGAAAAAUCAGCUUCAGUCUAGGAGAAUGCGUCCCAUGGCCUGGAAAUAAACAUUGGUCAGUUUAAUCUGCACAAUUAAAAAAGGUCAAAAAAUGAAUGAAAUUUUACCUCUUUAUUCCAUUGCGAAUAGGUCGCAGACAACCAUUGCCUGACCAUAAAAUCAGAAAUUACAUGUACCAGCUUUGCAAGUCACUUGAACAUAUACACAAGUAGGUAACAAUUCAGAAUACAUUGUCAUUCCUCAUUCGUUGGUUAUAGUGUGAUCUUAUUUAUUUAUAAAGAACCAGUUAUGUCUGUUACACAUGGAGGAACGCAGGACUCUGUUUUCCUGAAUUGGUUACGAUUUAAUUUGCUCCCAAUUGUAUCCAUACAUCAUUGCAGCCACACACAUGGUAAAUGUAUUCAACUACUUCUGAUAUUUGCUUAAAGGAGCUUAAACAAAAUUGUUUUCCUGGCACUAUAGGGUUAUUAGGUCACCUCUUCAGCCACUUGCCUUAAUCCAGUGCCGGGCUACUUCGGCGCUGGUGACCUCUCCUCCCCCCAGAGACGCGCGCAUUCAAACCACCCAUAGGAAAGCAUUACUCAAUUCUUUCCUAUGGACGUCCAGCGUGUUCUCAAUGCGAUUUUCGCAUUGAGGAUUGCGGAAGCGGCCUCUAGUGGCUGUCAGGGAGACAGCCAGUAGAGGCUGGAUUAACCUUCAAUGUAAACAUAGCAGUUUCUCUGAAACUGCUAAGUUUACAGCUGCAGGGUUAAAAGUAAGGGGACCUGGCACCCAGACCACUUCAUUGAGCCUGAAGUGGUCUGGGUGCCUAUAGUGGUCCGUUAAUGUUAGAUAAUGGAUAUACUCUAACUUUAAACUCAUUGUAUGUGUUUGGAUAAUUAGUGUCACAUACAUCAUUUUGGAAUGCAUGCUCAAGGUCACGCGUUUGCCAUUUUUAUGUAGAACCUUGUGUGCAUGAGUGCGCUUGGAGCACCGUGGGAUCAAAACGCCAUUCUGAACAUGGAAGUGUGUGUGUUUUUUGGGGGAAGGGGGGUGGUUGAAUUUGGAUUAUCCUUUGGCAAUUCUAUGUUUAAUCUAUACAUUUGAUGUCAAUUUUAAUUAGUACAUUGCAUUAAUAAAAUGUGACACAUUUAAUGAAUAGUGACACAUUACACAUUAAAAUUGUAAAUUAUGUCAGCCCUGACUUUUUAAUUAUAUGGCAAAAAAAGACAAAAUUUAAGGAGCAUUGUUCUUGAACUCCAGAUUUAUUUCACUAAAUGUUUUUUUUUUUCUGUUUUAAAACACACUAGAAAUGGCAUCUUUCACCGAGAUGUGAAACCAGAGAAUAUUCUUAUUAAGGUGAGAAAUCUGUUUAUGUUCAGCAUAGAUAUAGCUACAGCUUGUUUGAGGGAACACUAUAGGGUCAGGAACACAAACAUGUAUUCCUGAUCCAAUACUGUUAAAACCACCAUCUAGCCCCCCUUGUUCCCUCCCCCGUACCCUCCUAAAUAUAGUAAAAUCUUGCUUUUGUUCAAGUCUGCAGCUGCUGGCUCUGCCCCUGAUCUGCCUGCUUGGCUGACAUCAUCACAAAGGAUUCUCUGAGCCAAUCAAAUAAGCUGUAGUUGUUCUGGUGACUAUACACCGAAUAUGAUCAAAAUUUCAACUGCAGUCCUUCUAGGCAGUGGAGGUUAGUGGACAUAGUGAACAAACAGUGGCUUUCAGAUAUUCAAAAGGUAGACUGCAUGAUCGGAGCAAUGUACAAAUCCAGAUAGGAAUAUUAAGGCUAAAAUAGCUGAUCUGUAAAAAUUAUUCAAAGACCUGCUAAAUGCACUUCAUGCUACAAGUGCUCCCUGGAACUAUGUCCCUGCACAUAAUUGCUUAUAAUUGCAGCUAUAAGCAUUAAGUGUAGCAGCUAUAAGCACACUCCCUUACUGAGACAUAUCACAAGAGGAAGCUGCCCACCCAAGCAUUUGUACAUACCGUGCAUACUAUACAAGUCCUUUCCUACAUUAACAGGCUAUCCCCGCUAUUAUCCGCUAUCAUCGUAGGCACCCUAAUUUUUUCUGCUGCGCUGAACUACAUGUCCCAUAAACCUCUGUUGGUAAGGAAUCUAGGAGAUAUCCGCAGCUACUUAGCUACUAUUAAAUAAUGGGAACCUCAAAAUUGGUUGUUCCGCUUCCUGCUGGUUUAGUGAGAGCUCACUGUAGAGCCUGAACAUUUGCAGCAAAUGACAGAUCUUCAAAGGAUAAAUAUCCUUUUCCUCCAUUAAUUUUAUGCAUCUAUUAUCUAUUAGGUAUUGUCAGUAUACUGUGUGCACAUUUAAAGAGACACUGUAGUCACUAUAACCAUUUCAUGUCAUUGAAUUGGUUAUAGUGCCUGGAGUUUCCUGGCACUCUCCCUCCAUUGAGUGUUUAACCACUUUAGAGCAGUUUAACACUAAAUAAAGACCCUGGACACCCACAGUCCGACCCCUUCUGGAGGUGUGGCUAAGGCAGAGAUUACACACUAACUUGUUGUCAUACCCAUUCAUACCAUCAGUUGGAGCUCUGAUAGGCUAAAAGCAGUAAGCUGACACUCUCAGCCAAUCACAGCUGCCCAUUGCAGUUCAAGCUUCCUCAUUAGCCAAAACAGCACAGAGGGGACGGGGAGCUGCUAAGUACUGGUGUAGCAUUAAAACACAAAAUGUUAAAAACUGUUUAAUGCUGAAUGAAAUAAUAGUACCCAGAGAUUACAGACACUGCAACCAGUUUAAGGAGUUGAAGCAGACACAGUGCCUACAGUGUUCCUUUAAUACUUUCCAAAUGUGCUUUCCAAGUCUGACUCUGUCAGAUUCCUUCACUUUGCUGAGUGUUAAUUUUAGCAACUUGCUAAAGGUGUAGAGAUUCAUGAUUUGAUAAGAAAUUGUACAUGUAAAUUCUAUACAAUGUUGUUUUGCAUAACAACAAUAAAUGUGCAGACCUGGCAUCCAAAUUUUCAUGUAAGCUGCAAAACACUUUUUUAUACAAACACAGUCAACUGAAGACAUUUCUUUUAAAGGGAGAUAUUGGAGAAAAUAGUGGAGUUUAAAGUGGCAUUUUUUUAUUUUUACUUGUGAAAAUAUCAAAUUCUGUUUCUGUUUUGUAUUUUCUAUUCUCUGAUUGCAUUAAUACAAGAAAAUUCCACAUUCUUUAACAUUAUGUCCCUGCUUUCUAAAAGUCAACUAAAAGCCCAUUCAGAAUGUUCUACCUGAUGUUUCAAUGGCGUUUAUAUACGCCCUUCAUUCACACAAUUAGAAAAUGGAUCCAUUGUAGACAGAUUUCCCAAAAUUCCACGAUCCCCCUUAUAUUAAUAUAUUUAGUUGCUAUUCUCCUGGAAAAGAUCAUAUUAUCCAGGAAUGCCAGUUUGUGAGUGAAUUCAAGCAAAUUAUACAAAAUCUGUGGAUGACAUCAUUAAAGCGGCUCUGACACUUCUUUGUAUUCCAGAAAGAUUAUAUCUUUAUGGAAUACUAAUGCUGACUACAUUUAUAAAGUUGUCCAUGUUGGAAAAAAAAGACUAUAAGGUCUAUCAAGUUCAACCUUGAAACCCAUUCUUCUUGCAAUACUCCACCAUAGUGCUUCUGAAAAUGAAUCUCACAAUCCGAAAUUUUAUAAGUCACUCUGUAAUUCAGGUUUAUCACCUGGUAAUGGAGUAGAAAACUGACAUACCAAUACUGGAACCCCUUUGGUAAUGCAGGAUUUCCAUAGUUGAUUAGAAGUUGUGAGCAUUAGCCCAAAGCUUUAAAGUGGCAGAGCUUCGGCAAGAUUGAUGUUUCAGUUGCCAAUCAAAUUUACCCACAAUCCUCUGUAAAAUCAACAUCGCAAAAGGGCAAACAGCAGACAUCAUAGGCUGAGAAGAACAAAAUGGCUGCUCCCGGAUAUUUAUGUCCAAACACAAGGAAGAAAAUAUAAUAGAUAUAAAUAUAGGCAAGUGGUAAGGUAGGAAGUAUAAUCAUUGAAACAGGGAUUUAAUGGUAUGGGAGACAAGGUGGAUUGACAAGAACCACUUAUUGAAAGUACUUGAUUAGCCUGACCCACAAGUGGCUAUAACUUCUCAGUCAAAGAGCAAUAAUGUCCUCUACCGUAACGCUCAAAUGACUCCUUUACAUAGCUACCUCAUUUCUUGCAGAAAAAGUUAGCAUAGGAGGGGGGCGGAGCUAGCAGCCGAGCCUGCAAGACGCAUGAAACCCAAGCUCCGACAUUACAGCGGCAAAAUAGCCACGGAUUCCGUAAAAUACACCUCCAAAAGCCGGGGAAAGGCUGCAAGAGAUUCAGCACAACAUGGGGAAACACUCACGAAAACCCUGAGGGUCGUCCGCGGGACAUACCCAGGACAUCGGGCAACUCCUGUCCCAGGCCUGCAGGCCCAAAAUGGCGGACGUCUUUCACACCGUGGGGAUGGAAUCACUCUCUGCCUCAGAGGAUGAAUACUUGAGUGAUAUGCCGACCCCGACACCCCAAAGGAAGCAACAAACAGCGCCACCAAGGCAGUCAGAACCGCCACUAGCCACUAAGGCUGACCUAACAGGCAUGGUGACUGACCUUAAAGCAUUCUUCACGGCAGAAUUGGCAGGCCUCAAGACGGAGCUGAGCACACUUACAGGCCGCAUGAGAGCCACGGAAGACGCAGUCCAGGACCUGAGAGUCCAACAAGAUGCCACGACAAAGAAAACGCUCGAGCUCACAACCUCAUGCUCCCAGCUAAACGCCCGAGUAGGGCAACUCGAAGAUAUGGCGCGACAGAGAAAUGUCAAGGUGAGGGGGAUCCCAGACACUGUAACGGCGGAUGAACUGCCAUCCCUCAUAAAGAGACUGUUACAAACCGCCCUACCACCCAAACAGGCCAAAGGACUGACCCUAGAUAGCCUAUUCCGCAUACCUGGGCGUCCAAACAACGCCUCCGCAAGGGAUGUCAUAAUGAGCUUCAAAUCCCGCUCAGACAGAGACGGAUUCCUCCGUGCGGUCAGGAGCCAGACCCCGUACGUUUUCGAAGACCUUACCUUACACUUCUACCAGGACCUGAGCCGCCAGACGCUGCAGUGGCGGGCAACACUGAAAGAAACCACAACUCAAUUGAGGGCGGCGGACAUUCCAUAUAAAUGGGGCUACCCCCGCUCGCUAGUUGCCACACGGGACGGGCAAAGCCACAAACUGACAGCGCCAGAGGAAGCACCACGAUUUUUGCAAGCUCUGGGCAUUCGUCCGGUGGCAGGCGCCAAGAGGAAUACGACACACCGAUGGGAUGUCGCCAAUAUAACUCCGUUCACCCCAUCGGAGUCGACAGCCCCAGCGGGAAGCAGCACUAUGCACCCAUCCGGUUCUUAAUAUGGGAAAA